GGGAGGGGACAGGGAGGGUCCGGUCCCAGCCGCUCCCAGUCCGUGUUGUCGCACAGCCUCGGCCGGUCGUCACCAUGGUGGUCACUCUGGGCUACUGGGACAUCCGUGGGCUGGCCCACGCUAUCCGCCUGCUGCUGGAGUACACGGAGACCCCCUACCAGGAGCGCCAGUACCGCCCCGGCCCAGGUGAGGGGGGGAAAUGGGGUGUGACCCCCCCAAAUCCCUCCAGCCCCCAGUGCCAGUACCGCCCCGGCCCAGCCCCUGACUAUGACCCGAGCGACUGGACCAACGAGAAGGAGAAACUGGGGCUCGACUUCCCCAACCUCCCGUACCUCAUCGACGGCCCCACCAAGCUGACCCAGAGCAACGCCAUCCUGCGCUACAUCGCCCGCAAGCACAACCUGUGCGGUGAGACGGAGGAGGAGAAGCAGCGCGUGGACGUGCUGGAAAACCAGCUCAUGGAUUUGAGGAUGAACUUUGUCCGGCUCUGCUACAGCCCUGACUUUGAGAAGCUGAAGCCGGCGUACCUGGAGCAGCUGCCCAAGAAGCUGCAGGAGCUGUCGCGGUUCCUGGGCUCCCGGCCCUGGUUUGCAGGGCAGAAGCUCACCUUCGUGGACUUCCUGGCGUACGACGUGGUGGACCAGCACCGCAUGUUCGUGCCCGACUGUCCGGAGCUGAAGGGAAACCUGGCGCAGUUCCUGCAGCGCUUCGAGGCCCUGGACAAGAUCUCUGCCUACAUGCGCUCGGGGCGCUACAUGAGAGCCCCCGUGUUCUGGCGCACGGCCAAGUGGAGCAACACCAAGGAGUGAGGGGCUGACCCCCUGUGCCCCCCCAAGUCACCCCCAGAAUUCUCAAUAAAUCACAGGGGCUCCCCGUUGUCCA